GAGACCGGAAGUGGAGUCACUGAGAGGUCUACAUCCGGGGACUCAGACUUUGUAGGCCCUGAAGGGAGGGCAAGAGCUGUGGUCGCUACUGGAAAGGAACCGCCCAUUUCUUAGGUGGAGUAAUUGGCUAGUUUAGUACCACUAGGUAGCCAGAAAUGGAAAGGAAAGUGAGCAGAAUCUGUCUUGCUUCAGAGCCCAACAUAACUUAUUUUCUGCAAGUGUCUUGGGAGGGAACGGUAGGAUCUGGUUUUGUUAUUACUCUGACCGAUGGCCAUUCAGCCUGGACUGCAACAGUUUCUGAAUCAGAGAUUUCCCAAGAAGCUGAUGACAUGGCUAUGGAGAAAGAAAAAUACGUCGAUGAACUGAGAAAAGCAUUGUUGUCAGGAUCAGGACCAGCGAACACAUACAGGUUCAUCUUUUCUAAAGAGUCUUGCCACUUCUCCAUUGAGAAAGAACUGAAAGAUGUCUCAUUUAGACUUGUUUCCUUCAACCUAGACAAAGUUCAAAACUCAACUGAAGUCAUUAGAGAACUCAUUUGUUACUGCUUGGACACUAUUGCAGCAAAACAAGCCAAAAACGAGCACCUGCAGAAGGAAAACGAAAGACUCCUGCGAGAUUGGAAUGAUGUUCAAGGCCGAUUUGAGAAAUGUGUGAAUGCCAAGGAAGUUUUGGAAGCUGAACUGUAUCAAAGAUUUAUCUUGGUGCUGAAUGAGAAGAAAACAAAGAUCCGAAGCUUGCAUAAAUUGUUAAAUGAAAUCCAGCAGCUGGAAAAGAACAUGAAACCUGAAAGGGAAACUGCAUGUUCUGAAAAAGCAGCUGACCCAGAUGCAAUUUAUGAUGGAAGUACCGAUGAAGAAAGUGGAGCUUCCAUGCUGGCUGCAGCCACUCUUUGUGAACACGAUUCCCUGUUUUCAAGUCCCGAUGUCACUGACAUUGCACCAAGCAGAAAGAGAAGACAUCACAUGCAGAAGAAUCUUGGGACAGAACCUAAAAUAGCUCCACAGGAACAGCAGCUGCAGGAGAAGGAAAAGCUUGCCCCUUCACUGCCUCAGACCUUGAAAGAAGAGCAUGCAGCUGCUGCAGACAUGUCUUUAGAAACCCUGAGGAACAGCAGCCCAGAAGAUAUCUUUGAUUAGAUACAAACCCUAGAACCCAACUUCGGUGUUCAUUAAGCUAUGUUCUUCAUCCAGUUCUUUCAAAUGAAAAGACAAGCUUUCAACUUGACAUUUUUCUCGAGCAUUCAGGUUGCCCAUUAAAUUGGACUUUUGUUCCAAAUGGCACAUUUAUCAUAUUCCUUUAAGUAUUAUUGUGACUUUCUAAUGACUCUUGGAAGAUUUUGGGAAUAGACUAAAAAAAAUUUUUUAAAUGUCUCCAGUUCUUUUCAAAUUGCACUUUAAACAACAUGUUUGAAAAGUUUAACUUAUAAGAUGACACAUAUAAAAUAGAUCUGUAUGUUGUAUGUAAACAAUCUGAAAAUCCGAUAGUUAAUAAAAGUUUGUGUUCUUACAGAAACCUUA